AAUAAUAAUAAUUAUAAUAAUAAUAAUAAUAAUAAUAAUAAUAAUAAUAAUUAUAAUAAUAAUAAUAAUAAUAAUAAUAAUUAUAAUAAUAAUAAUAAUAAUAAUAAUAAUAAUAAUAAUAAUAAUAAUAAUAAUAAUAAUAAUAAUAAUAAUAAUAAUAAUAAUAAUAAUAAUAAUAAUAAUAAUAAUAAUAAUAAUAAUAAUAAUAAUAAUAAUAAUAAUAAUAAUAAUAAUAAUAAUAAUAAUAAUAAUAAUAAUAAUAAUAAUAAUAAUAAUAAUAAUAAUAAUAAUAAUAAUAAUAAUAAUAAUAAUAAUAAUAAUAAUAAUAAUAAUAAUAAUAAUAAUAAUAAUAAUAAUAAUAAUAAUAAUAAUAAUAAUAAUAAUAAUAAUAAUAAUAAUAAUAAUAAUAAUAAUAAUAAUAAUAAUAAUAAUAAUAAUAAUAAUAAUAAUAAUAAUAAUAAUAAUAAUAAUAAUAAUAAUAAUAAUAAUAAUAAUAAUAAUAAUAAUAAUAAUAAUAAUAAUAAUAAUAAUAAUAAUAAUAAUAAUAAUAAUAAUAAUAAUAAUAAUAAUAAUAAUAAUAAUAAUAAUAAUAAUAAUAAUAAUAAUAAUAAUAAUAAUAAUAAUAAUAAUAAUAAUAAUAAUAAUAAUAAUAAUAAUAAUAAUAAUAAUAAUAAUAAUAAUAAUAAUAAUAAUAAUAAUAAUAAUAAUAAUAAUAAUAAUAAUAAUAAUAAUAAUAAUAAUAAUAAUAAUAAUAAUAAUAAUAAUAAUAAUAAUAAUAAUAAUAAUAAUAAUAAUAAUAAUAAUAAUAAUAAUAAUAAUAAUAAUAAUAAUAAUAAUAAUAAUAAUAAUAAUAAUAAUAAUAAUAAUAAUAAUAAUAAUAAUAAUAAUAAUAAUAAUAAUAAUAAUAAUAAUAAUAAUAAUAAUAAUAAUAAUAAUAAUAAUAAUAAUAAUAAUAAUAAUAAUAAUAAUAAUAAUAAUAAUAAUAAUAAUAAUAAUAAUAAUAAUAAUAAUAAUAAUAAUAAUAAUAAUAAUAAUAAUAAUAAUAAUAAUAAUAAUAAUAAUAAUAAUAAUAAUAAUAAUAAUAAUAAUAAUAAUAAUAAUAAUAAUAAUAAUAAUAAUAAUAAUAAUAAUAAUAAUAAUAAUAAUAAUAAUAAUAAUAAUAAUAAUAAUAAUAAUAAUAAUAAUAAUAAUAAUAAUAAUAAUAAUAAUAAUAAUAAUAAUAAUAAUAAUAAUAAUAAUAAUAAUAAUAAUAAUAAUAAUAAUAAUAAUAAUAAUAAUAAUAAUAAUAAUAAUAAUAAUAAUAAUAAUAAUAAUAAUAAUAAUAAUAAUAAUAAUAAUAAUAAUAAUAAUAAUAAUAAUAAUAAUAAUAAUAAUAAUAAUAAUAAUAAUAAUAAUAAUAAUAAUAAUAAUAAUAAUAAUAAUAAUAAUAAUAAUAAUAAUAAUAAUAAUAAUAAUAAUAAUAAUAAUAAUAAUAAUAAUAAUAAUAAUAAUAAUAAUAAUAAUAAUAAUAAUAAUAAUAAUAAUAAUAAUAAUAAUAAUAAUAAUAAUAAUAAUAAUAAUAAUAAUAAUAAUAAUAAUAAUAAUAAUAAUAAUAAUAAUAAUAAUAAUAAUAAUAAUAAUAAUAAUAAUAAUAAUAAUAAUAAUAAUAAUAAUAAUAAUAAUAAUAAUAAUAAU